AUGAACCAAUCUCCAGUUUCAAGGGAAAAUAAACAAACAGAAAGAAAUAAUAUUAAAAUUUUAAUAUCGGCAUCAAUAGUUGGUGGUGUUUUAACAAGCUUUUUGGUGACACCAUUGGAUGUAGUAAAAACAAGAUUACAAACUCAAGAUAAACCCAUAUCGACAGGUCUAAAUAAUCAACAACAUAAUAAGCAUUUAUUUAAAGGUACAUUGGAUGCAUUUAAAAAGAUUUACAAGAAUGAAGGCAUUUUUACAUUUUGGAGAGGUUUAACACCAUCAUUGUUAAUGACCGUACCAAAUACAACAAUUUAUUUUACAUCAUAUGAAUAUAUUAAAGAAUUUUUAUAUCAAUACGGAGAUAGCGAACCCUAUAAUAUUUAUGCAGUACCACUUAUAGCGGGAACAGCUGCAAGAAUGGUAUCAGCAUCAGUCACAUCACCAUUGGAGUUGUUAAGAACGAAUUCACAGGGUAUUGAUUUAUCAAAUUAUAAACAAUCUACAGCAACAUUAGGUACUCCGACUCAGCAUCAAAAAUUUAAUUCUGUAACAUUAUUUAGAGAUAUUAUUAAGAAUGUUGGUAUCAAAGGUUUAUGGAGAGGCUAUUUUCCUACAAUUAUACGUGACGUUCCAUUUUCUUCAUUAUAUUGGCUUGGAUAUGAGGUUGUAAAAUCCAAAUUAAUGAAAUUACAAAAUCCAAAUUACAAAAUAAGAUCUCAGCAAUCUCCAUUUCUCAUAAACUUUAUAUCAGGUGCUGUAUCAGGAACAAUAGCGGCAGUACUAACAACACCAAUCGAUGUUAUCAAAACUAAAAUCCAAAUAACUGUACAAAAACAACAACAGCAACAGCAAUAUGUUACCGAAAACCAUUUAAAUGGUAUAAGACAUCAAUUUAAACAAAUUAUUAAAGAGGAGGGUUUCAUAGGUUUAACAAGUGGUUUGGUUCCCCGUGUUGCUAAAGUUGCACCUGGUUUAAAUUAA